UCAAAUAUAUACUCCAUACAAAUGUAAGUAAAAGUUAAAAAUAAUUCAUGUGGCUCAUCAUUAGAUAGGUCUUUAAAAAUACAUAAAGAUUGCAAAAAAUGUUUUUUUUAUUAAGUCAAUAUUUUUGGAAAUAAUUGCUCCAAAAAAAAUAGUGUGAUCUCUUCUAACUUUUGAACCGGGAGAGCAAAACCAUUUUCAAAAUAUCUAAAUAAUAAAGCUUUAAUAAACAAAUAAUUUUUCAGGAAAAUUAUUUAGAAUAUGGUCGGUUAAGCCAUUUAAGAGUUAUAAAAAAACUGAUCUUAUUAAAACGACGAAAGUGCCACUAACAUACGCUCUUUUGCUUGUACGGCUUUUUUUGUAUUGUGUGAAGGUACGGAACCUUCCAUUAUGCGUGGUCCAACAUGCACUUGGGUGGUUUUUUCAGUAUGGAUGUGCACGAAAAGAGGUAACAUAAUAAUAAUCAAAACAAAGAGUCAUAUAGUGUGGGGAUAUGAUGCAACAGCCAUCAACUCUCUAUAAACCCUGGCAAAACAGUGGUAAUACCGUUUACUAGGAAAAAGACCCUUAAUGGCAUGGAGCAACUGAAGCUUUAUGGAAGGGUACUGGAAAUGUCCGAUGAAGUGAAAUAUCUAGGUGUAACACUAGAUAAAGAACUGAACUGGAGGAAGCAUGUCGAGCUUACCACAACCAAGGCGCUGAGAGUGUUUGGAAUGUGUAGAACGGCAUAUGGGAAAACAUGGGGUUUAAACCCAAAGGUACUAAGAUGGAUCUAUACCAUGAUGGUAAGACCUAUCAUUUUGUAUGGAUGCCUGGCAUGGUGGCCAAGGACACUAAAGAGCUCAUGCAGGGAAACCCUUAUGAAAAUACAGAGAACAGCAUGCAUGGCUAUUACCGGGGCGUUUAGAACAACGCCAACAGCGGCGAUGGAGGUACUGCUAGACCUCCCGCCGCUACAUCUGGUGAUACAAUCUGAGGCGCGGAAAUCGCUACACAGGCUGGCUCUAACAGGCCUAUGGAGCGAUAGCAAGCCAAAGACUAAACACACAAACAUGGAAUGUGACAAUUUCAUGGAAAGGAUAACGAAUAUGGGCUGCGAUAAGAUGCAACCCAAGUUUGUGUUCCGUAAGAAUUUUGAAGUUAAAGUUCCAACAAGGGCUGAAUGGACCGAAGGUGUUCAAGCACCAAAUUCGGAUGAAAACGACAUCAUAUGGUACACAAACGGGUCCAAGACAGUAUCUGGUACGGGGGCAGGCAUUUAUGCAAAUGACUUAAGUUGUAGCAUAAGCAUGGGUAAUUACGCUAAUGUUUUCCAAGCCGAGACGUACGCUAUAAUUGCCUGUGUGCAUGAGAAUAUAGUUAGGCAAACCCAAGGGAAGAAUAUCUAUAUACUCAGUGACAGUCAGGCUGCACUCAAGGCGCUGAUGGCGCCCAGAGUGGACUCUAGACUGGUGUAAAAUGGUGUCCAAGCUCUGAACAAGCUUGGAAGACAAAAUGCAACUGGUAUGGAUUCCAGGGCCCGAGGGAUUCAUAGGCAAUGAAAAUGCAGAUGAACUUGCCAGAGCCGGAUCCGUAAGUGACCACAUAGGUCCGGAACCAUUCGUGGGGCUCUCACAGGGAACCAUUAUAACGGCUAUCAACUAAGACCAGACACCAAAAAGAAUGGGAUAGUCUGACGGGUCUAAAGCACUCAAAGCUCUUCAUACAAGGAGUAGACUCCGGUUGGAGCAAAAAGCUAUGGAAACUUAGCAGGAGACAACUCCAAAUUAUAAUGUUUACGGGCCAUUAUGGGGUUAAAGGGGUUUUGGCCAGGAUGGGACACUCCGACAACACCGAUUGUCGAAUGUGUGGUGAAGAGGAAGAGACAGUAACACACUUAAUGUGUGAAUGUCACGCUCUCGCCAGACAAAGAAUGAAGGACUUUGGAGCAGUCUAUCUGGAACCAAAGGAAUUCAAAAUGCUACCCAUAAGCUCCAUCAUCCGGCACAUGGGAAUGGUCAAAAAAGCUCUUGAGUAGCUAAUGGGUCUUUCCUUAGGGGGCAACUACACAAAAGAUCCCUAUGGGUCGAAGUGUAUUCCCAAGGGCCCCUGGAAAUUAGAAGAUAAAAAAGAUAUAUAUUGUAACCCAAAAAAUCCGCUACAGGUGUCGUUUUGUACUUACCUACUGCUUUGUUUUUUCCCGUUAACACAAAUAUAUUUAGUAUCAAAAUAUCCAGUGUCAUCUUCCACUCACAAAAAGUUAAUCUAAGUUACAUCCCGAGCACAAUAUACACUCAUUUAUUAAUCAAUAACAACAACCACAAACGAAAAGACCCAAAUGAAAUGAACAAGUCUUCACUUGCAACCGCACCUAUCUGUUCCCAACCUUAGUAUUUGGUAAGUAAUUGGUAAGUCUUUUUACUAUGAAGGGAAAACUUUUUGCGAUAACUCAAAAACAGCUAAACUGAUCAUGUCCGCUAUAGUUUUCAUUUAAUGUCUUUCUUAAGCUCUACUUCCACGAUUUUUUUCAUAUUUUUUGGACCUAUGGUUCAAAAGUUAGAGGGGGGGGGACACAUUUUUUUUUUCUUUCGGAGCGAUUAUCUCCGAAUAUAUUCACUUUAUCAAAAAAUGUUUCUUGAAAACCCCUUAGAUUUUAUUGUACGACUUUGUCGGCUUUAUUGAUUUAUAUAUCCAUGCCGAAUUUCAGCUUUCUAGCACUAACGACCACGGAGAAAAGCCUCGGACAGACAGACAGACAGACAGACGGACAUGGCGAAACUAUAAGGGUUCCUAGUUGACUACGGAACCCUAAAAAUAAAAGUUGUUAAAAAUAAGUUACAACAUAUGUAAAAAAAGCGGCCAAGUGCGAGUCGGACUCGCCCAUGAAGGGUUCCGUACCAUUUAUGACGUAUUCAAAAAAACUACUAUCUAG